AUGGCGCAGCAAAAUCAGCUUUCGCUCUUCAGCGUGACAGAGCUUCAGGAUAGGGCACCCGAUGGUUACCCUGUGAGCUGUCCAACCCUUGAUCUCUCCGCAACUUGGGAUGCAGCAGACAGAAACCUCCUCGUGUAUAGGCCUCCUAGACAAGUUGUUUCCAAGAUCCAUCAAGUUGGUCCACCGGGUCAAAAAGCACCAGACGCCCAGGCAGUAACUUGGAGAUCCGAUGGCCAGUUCCUCGCUGUUGGAUGGAGUGAUGGCUUCGUUCGGCUGAUGGGACUCGAAAACAAUAAGGCUGCCCAUCAUCUCAAAGUUGGAGAUACGCCCGGAAACAAGAUCACACAUAUUGGUUGGGCAAGCAGCAGCAUUACCGACAACGGUUCAGAUGUGGUAAAUCGAGCCCUGGGAAACAGCUUGGGAGAUGGUUCGGCAAUUAAUGGAGAUAGCCUUCCGUUAGAUCUCCCACGCGAAUUGACAUUCCUAGAGGUCGACACGGCGUUGCCCAAAAUCAGCCCCCUCCCAAACAGUAGUGCUGGCUCAGGAGAAGACGCGUUAGUUUUCACAUUACGCACUGGUAUAGAAUUUCUCUUCCAACCCCCAAAGCCGGAGGAGUACGAUCAGGUCAGCGUCAUGAUUGUCGGGACGAGCGAUGGGCAGAUACAGAUCAGUAUCUAUGACUCCUUCGUCAUUGGAAAUUUCGAGUGCCCCAGGAUUGCGCCUUCAUUAAACUCACAGCUGGUCCUCCAUGCCUCACACUCGAAAGUAUCGACUCAUGCGUUGCUUUUCGCAGACAAAGCAGAUGGGCCAACAGGCGUGCAUUUGGUGCCCAUAGAUAUGCCUUUCAUACACUCUUCGCCUAUCAAUCUUUCUCUUCUCGCUUCCAAGUUGACUACACUCCAGAAGCUAUUGAGGUAUCUGAAGCAAUCACAGCUUCACAUGCAGGUCGAGUGGCGAAAUACGCGGGAACUCCCUACAAGGUUUCUACGGAGCAUUGAGGGUGAUAUCGAAAGCCUUGAGGCUGGCCCCCGAAGUGUCGUGUCAGCUUUAUAUCACUUGGCUGUGACAGGUCACGCCUACGAGCCUGGACACAAACGAUGGGACAAGGCAGUAGUCUCUGGGCUGGAGGGUCUUCGAAACUUGGUCCACGAGAAUUAUCUUCCGACUCUAGACCGCUGUGCAAUCAUUUUGAGCAGGCUGCGAGGCCUGGCUCAGUACCAUCACACCCGGGACGAUAUUGGUUUUACACUCAACCAUAUUAAUGGUUUGAUGGACAUUGUUCAGUGCCUUCAGCUUGUUGGACACAAAAUUCUCAUCAACGUUAUGGAUGAGCUGGAGAACUUUACCGCAUUCUCUACUUGGCUUCGCUUCCAGAUCGACCGACUCGCUUCUUCUAGCUCCAUGAGCGAGGAACUCACAGAAAAGGAGGCGACCAUGGACGUAGGAAAAGUCCUUACCUAUAUCGAGCAUUAUCUUACCGACAGCCCCCUCAAAAUAUUCUUCGACGAGAUGCGGAACGAAGAAUACGAACAGGCCUGUGAGCACGUAGAAAGUAACUCAAGCCUUCUUCACGUUCUUGAUCAACAGUUGGCGAAGUGGGAGAACGGUCAGCCUGGCGACUUGCAAGCUCUAUCUCGUGUCGAAUUCCUGGUUUCAUAUGUAACAAGUCAGGCAAACCGUACGUUCAGUGGUAUUGCAGAGGCAAAGAAGCGCAGCGUUCGACUUGGAAACCCAAUCCGACUUUCGACUGGUGGUGCUAUAUCACACAUGGAUAUGAGGAUGAAUAAAACGAAGAACCAGGAAACCAGUGUUAUGACUGCUUUGGCAACCAAGGAGACCAAGAAUGAAGUUCAAAUCUUCUGCGUUGGAAUCGACAUCAUCAAUGGCAUCAGCUCCAACAGACCUCCAGCGAGUUGUCGUAUUGACCUCGGCACACGUACUCUCAUCGCCUUUAAGUUUCUUAACGAUGAAACGCUUGUUAUUAUGUGCAACGAUCAAGAUAAUGCGCCGCAAGUGAUUUGUGCACCUAUCCAACCAAGCAAACUUUCUUAUAGCGACUACGAUCCCGACAACCCCAAAGAAGCAUAUUGUGUGUCAGUUGACGAUUUCACAACAUAUUCUUUCCCUGAGAACUCAAUAAUCAGACCUUUACGCCUGGAAGUCAAUGACAGGAAUAGUGUGAGGGGUGAUAUGCCUGCUCGGGUCUGUGUGCUGGAGAGCAACCGCACCACGCUAAAGACAUUUGCGUUUCCCAGUGCAAAGUCUUGA